AUGGAGCUUCAGAACUCCCCUUCCAGGCCGUCCAAUGCAUCCCCGCCCAAUCCCUCGGUGCCGCGCGAACCAAAGCUUCAACUCCCCUUGACCACCGACCCGCCCGGACCGCAGAACCCCCCGAAACCGUUGGUAUGGCUGAUAUUCGGUGCUGUCGGUCACAUGGGUCGCUCGCUAGUCAAGACCGCUUUAGCCCAGGAUGACCUCGUCGCCGCAGUAGGACGGACAUUCGAAACCAGCCCCGAGAGCAUGAAGAAGCUAGAGGAAGAGCACGAGAACUGCCUAGGCCUCCUAUGCGACGUGCGAGCCCGCGAAACCGUCCAACGUGUCAUUGACCGCACCAUCGAACGAUUCGGCCGCAUCGACAUCGUCGCCAAUUGCUCCGGCUACGGCGUGAUCGGCGCCUGCGAAGACCAAGACGAGUACAAUAUUCGCGACCAGUUCGAGACGAACUUCACCGGCACGUUGAACAUGAUUCAGCUGUCAUUGCCGCACUUUCGCGAGCGGGGGUCUGGCCGAUACGUUAUCUUCAGUUCGACGUCCGGCGCCCUCGGCGUGCCGGGGCUGGGGCCCUACUGCGCGUCGAAGUACGCCGUUGAGGGCUUGAUGGAGAGCAUGCUCUACGAGGUGGACAGCUUCAAUAUCAAGACUACGCUCGUCGAGCCGGGCCAUAUGCGCCGCGACGACGUGGGCGAUCUCGUCUCCGACCCGGCUGCCUUCCCUGCUGCUGCUACUGCUGCUGCUGCUGCCGCCGCCGCGCAGGACCACGCGCAGGCUAACCUGGCGACACCGCUGCCCCUCUACGGCCACUUCCUGGUCAAGCCGCCCAGCGAGCCCUACAACACGCACACGUCGCCCGCGGCGCACGCUAAACGCAUGCUCAUGUGGCUGGGGGACAAACAGCCCGCCAGCGCCGUCAAAGCGACCAAUUUGAUCUGGCAGCUGGGGCACUGCUCUUACCCGCCGCUGCGCCUUAUUCUUGGGACUUACGCGGUGGAAAGUAUCCGCGACCGACUCAAGUGUAUUAUCGAGGAGAUCGAAGACUGGAAGUAUCUGAGCUUUCCGACAGAAGGUCAACAGGGACCGUCCCCACCAGACCAGCCGGCUGCAUCUGGAGACUAG